AUGCCACAGCUAGGAGAACACUCGAGUAAAGUUGAUGUCCAGGUCGCAGAAAAAUUCGACCCCGCCUCUUACUACGAGCGGGCUGCCGGUCGUUUGAUGAUCGAUCCUCAGCAGGCAAAGGUAGAGUUUGGCGAGGCACUGGCUUCGACGCUUAAACUGAGCCCCGACGGCUCUACGAUUCUCUGGCCACAACCUGCCGACGAUCCGAAUGACCCACAGAAUUGGAGCGAUCGGCGUAAAGCACUGCACCUUCUUGUUAUCACACUAGCAGCCAGCAUACCUGACUUUGAUUCGGGAAUUGGAAUUGCCUCAAUCUUUUCAUUGGCACAGACAUAUCACACAACAACAGGUGUUAUCAAUAACCUCACGUCCAAUUGGAGCAUUUUCCUGAUAGGAUGGGGUGGGAUUUUUUGGGUAAUGCUCAUGCGACGUUACGGUCGCCUUCCUGUGCUAUUUUGGACACAGAUUUUUGCCCUCGCCUUCCUCGUUGGCGCCACCUUUUCACCGGACCUGGCAACCUUCACAGGUAUGAUUACAUAUGCAGGCCUGUAUGUUGUCACUGACAUAUUCCCGUUCCAUCUCCAAGCUCGCAAAUUGAAUAUCUGGACCUUUGGAUUCAUCAUGCAUGUUAUUAACGCAUCCCCAUUCUUAUCACCAUUCGCUUUUGGCUUUCUUGUAGCACGCACGAGCUGGCGAUGGGCCUAUGGGAUUGGGUCGCUCUACAGCGCCGUCGUUGUACUCCUAAUUGGUCUGUUCAUGGAAGAGACGAUGUAUGACCGCCAUCUGGAUCCCGACCCACAACGAAUAUUGCCAGGCAUACGAUAUCGAUUCGAGACCCUGAUUGGCAUCACGGGGUAUAAGAUGGCCAAGUAUCGGUCACGCUGGUCGGAGAUCGUAUGGGCGUGUUUAAACGUUGUAUGGAGACCUCAAUUUAUCUUGGUUGUAUCUUUUGAAGUGACAAAUGUCGUCUUCAUGGGUUCCCCUCCUCCAGUCGGUUUUGGAUUCAGCCAAUUUGCAGUUGCUGGUGCAUACGCGACUCCGAUCCUAGCGGUUAUUCUAGGAGAGUUGGGCGGGCGGUUUCUGAAUGAACGAAUUAUGAACUUCACUGUUCGGAAGAAUCAGGGUAUAUUUGAGGCCGAGAGUCGAUUAUGGGCAUGUUAUGCAGCAAUGCCACUGUUCAUCUGCGGCUUCCUGACAUUGGGAGCUGGUAUUCAGCAUUUGAAUAAAGCUGCACUUAUUUUAGGGUGGGGGAUAGCAGAAGUAGCAGUCAUGGUGAAUACAGUUGCCGUCUAUGCGUAUUGCAAUGAUUGCUUUCCGCGACAUCACGGAGAAAUUAGUGCUCUGCUCAACCUGGCGCGCGUGCUCGGUGGUUUCAGCGUAGCAUACUUCCAAGUCCCAUGGGCGACAAAAUCUGGUGGAAUCCAGACAUUCGGUGUUGAAGCAGCGAUUGUGAUAGGAUUGUUUUUACUUGCUGUGCCAACGGUGCAACUGAGAGGGAGAUAUUUCCGGGUGCGUGACAAUAUUAUGAUCUAA